CGUGUGUUAGCGUUAAUGGAGCAGGAAGACAACACCAACGCUCAAGACAUUGAGACAAUCAGUACCAAUAGCAAAGACAAACAACAUGUAACUUUUGUUCGGACUAGCGGAGCUGUUCCAAUCGCUACUGUUGGACACACAGCUGUGGCUGAGUGGACGUUUCCACCAAAAGCGCCAGUUCCUCACAUCUAUCAUAUUAACCAGGAUAUGCUGAUGGCUAACGACAAAAUUACGUUUAAAGGAUUUCGUAAGCAGUUUAGUGGACGAUUCAAGCGCUUAGUAGCUCGAAAGCCUGAAAGCACCAGUGAUACCUCCAGAACUCAAACCACAAUUGAAAACAAUUUAUGUCUACUGAAUAUUGUAUUUACGUAUAUUGGAAAAAAAUACCUUUAAUUAUUUCUGAUGUCACUUAACUUGUAAUUACAAUUGUAUGAAAAUAACUAUUAUAUGUCAAGUCUAAAUUGUAUUUCAGUAGAAAGAAACCAAGAGAAAAGUAAAUAAAAAGAAAUGAACCCGAUUGAACUAUGUUCAAUAAUUUUCAAAAUAAGUCAAAAAUUAAAAUAUAAA